AUGCGCGCCUUCCUACAACGGCUGCGCAAGCACAAGCUCAAGCUUUCACAGCCUAAGGCCACCAUUGGCACGACACACUCUGCAUUAUUGGGACACACCAUUACUCCCGACGGUAUCAGGCCCAACGCCAACAAAGUAGCCGCGCUGGCGGCUAUGCCAAUGCCAACCGCCCUCAAGAGACUUCGCUCUCUUCUCGGUGGUCUGAGCUACUACCGCAGCUUCGUCAAAAACUUGUCUAGACGAGUACGCCCCGUCACGACAAUUCUCAAGAAAAAAUCGUCCUUCACCUUCACCUCCGACAUGGAAGCCAUCGUCCGAGAGAUCCUCAAAGAACUCUCCGAGCCGCCAAUUCUCGUCUUCCCCGACUGGAAAGCCAUCGAAGACGGCACCAGACCUCUCCGCCUCCACUGCGACGCCAGCCUCGAUGGUCUGGGCGCGACACUAGAACAAGAACAGGCGGAUGGCUCUGUUUGA